CGUCAGCUUGUAGCUCUUGUAAGGCUUAGGCCUUGUCUUAGCUGUGUUAAACUCUAUAGAAUUGUGGAUUUUUAGGACUGGUACCUGGUGGUUACCGCUGGAAUUGUUUCAAGUGCUACAAGUUGGUGAUAAAAAUUUGUGUGUUGCGUUGUUAUUAUCAUAUGGAUCAACCUUUGUGUCAAUUAAAUAAUACUUUUUUAUUUUUUUACGUUAUUCAAAUUAAUCACCUAAUAUAAUUACUAUUUAAUACUUAAAUAAAACAUAACAACAACAAUAGAUACAGUUUAUAUGAGUUUACGUGAAAGCCGUGUCGUUGACGUUUCUGUCAGUAUCCCCUUCUUUUUUUUUUUUUCGAUUAUAAUAUUUAACUUGUUAGACAGAUUUUUUCGAGUCAUAAAAAAAUAAUCUUUAUAUCUGGUGUUUCACUUACGUAAUGAUACGUCAAAUUGACGUUAUUUUUAUUUUUUUUAUUUUAUUUGUUAUCGUACAAUGCCGGAUGACAGGUGCGAAUAACUAACUCUACACAAGACAAGUUUACUGUUAAUCAUUUUAAUAAUAAUUAAAAUUUAUGAUUCGAAUAAUAUAAGUUUUUAACUAUUAGUGAUAUGAUAAAUAAUAAAUCAUUGUCUUAUUUAUUAAGAAGAUGAAAAGAAGGAUGAUGAAGUACGAAUUUGUGAAUACGGGCUAUGACCACUGAAAAUGGAGAUGAUUCUUUGGUGACUGAAGAAACCCUGGAUGCUGUGGCCUGCGUUGGGGGAUGAUGGGCUGAGUCCCUCGUUGCCUCAAGGGCCUCCUCCUCCUCCACCUCAUUUACCCCCUCAUCGGGUCAAUAAAACACCGUGUAAACUUGGCCCAUUAUUAUUGUGCACACCUUGCAAGCCGGUUACACAGAAAAAUCAUGAUACCACUCAGUGGUACGUUCACCAGCCCACGUGGCGUUUAUGGGGCGAGGAAAGAUGCGAUGGAGUUAUUUAUACAGUGUACCUGAAGAAAGUAAGAUAUCAUCGACCAACAAAAAGUAUUACAACAUCAGAUUCAGACGAUGAAAUUUCACAUCUUGAAUGGGAGACAGUGCGUGUACGAUUUUUAAAAGCCGGAACAGUAAAAAAAUUAGUUGAAAGUCUUGCUAAUGAUGAUGGAGAAUUGGAAUCAACCUAUAUAAAUGUAUUUUUAGCAACAUAUCGUGCAUUUACAACUCCAAGGGAAGUAUUAGAAUUACUUUUGACACGUUACGAUGAUCUUAAUGACAGUAAAAAUGGUCAAACUACAGAGCAGCAUCGUAAAACUUUGAUACAGGCAUUACAUGUAUGGUUGGAUGCUUAUCCAGGUGAUUGGAAAUCACCACCAAAUCAUCAACUACUUACAAGAUUACUUGACUUUACACAUCGAAGACUGCCUGGUUCGGAAUUAGAACUUAAAACAAGACAUCGUCUUCAUAGGUUUCAGUGUCAAGAUGAAAUUGAUAAUUGUAUAAUUUUUGAAAACGGCGGGAGACUUAAUGGGUCAGUAAGUAAUACUGUAGCAAUAGCAGCCGCAGAAGCAUUUGGGAGUGAUGAUAACCGGUCAGAUGGAGGAUAUAAAUUUCCCGAGGUACCACAUCGUCAUUUUGCUGAACAGUUGACACGUAUGGAUGCUGAUGUGUUUAAAAAAUUAAUAGCACAUCAGUGUUUAGGUGCCGUAUGGUCACGACGUGAUAGAUCACGUAGUCAUGAUGCCGCAACAGUAUUGGCAACUGUUAAUCAAUUUAAUGCCGUAUCAUUACGAGUAAUAUCAACAAUUUUAAUUGAUCCAUCAAUAAAAUCACAAGAACGUGCUAAAAUAAUUGAAACUUGGAUUGAUAUUGCUCAAGAACUGAGAAUAUUAAAAAAUUUUAGUAGUUUAAAGGCUAUAGUUUCGGGAUUACAAAGUAAUCCGGUUUAUAGAUUAGAAAAAUGUUGGCAAUAUAUGCCACGUGAUAAACAUGAAAUUUUUAUGGAAUUGGAGAGAAUUUUUUCGGAAGAAAAUAAUGCUUGGACCCAACGAGAAUUAUUAAUAAAAGAGGGUACUGCUAAAUUUGCCGAUACUGCUGGAAGAAGUGAUCGACAUUUGCAAAAAAUAUUCCAAAAACAAAAUACUCAUGCUGGUAAAAUAUCAUAUGGUACGAUACCGUAUCUUGGGACAUUUUUAACAGAUUUAACAAUGAUUGAUACCGCUAUACCUGAUACAGUAGCUGAAGGACUGAUAAAUUUUGACAAACGACGAAAAGAAUUUGAAGUACUUGCACGGAUACGUUUACUUCAAGGUGCUGCUAAUGCAUAUAAUUUUACUACAGAUCCACUGUUUGAUCAGUGGUUUCACUCAAUAAUUGUUCUCGAUGAUCGUGAAGCUUAUAAACUAAGUUGUCAAAUAGAAUCACCACCACCUGGCAAUAAUACUAUCCAACAUCGUAAGAAAAAACAUCACCAAGGUCAUCGUAAAAAUGAUUCUCUUGCAUCAACUUCCAGUUCAAGUUCAUCUCAAUUUUAUUGUGACCUCGAUUCACUUCCAAGUUCACCCCAUAAUUCACUAGAUAGACGAACAUCACCCUCUCAAAUGUCUAGCUCGUCUUCCAGUUCAUCAUUGCCUUCCUUAGACGUCAGUUUAGGUUCUGGUGAAGGAGGUAACAAUAACAAUAAUAAUAUUUAUAAUAAUAAUAAUAAUAAUAAUAAUAAUAAUAAUAAUGGAACAAUGUUAAAUAUAACUAGUAAUGGUAGUAGUACACAAAAUUUAAUUGGUUUAUCAAGUCCAACUAAUUCACAUAAAAAUCCACCAGACUUUUAUAUUAUUAAAGUAACUAUUGAAACAGAUAAUGUCGAAACUGAGGGUGUUAUUAUGUAUAAAUCAAUAAUGUUAUCAAAUAAUGAACGUACACCACAGGUUAUAAGAAAUGCAAUGUUAAAAUUAUGUAUUGAAGGUAGUCCGGAUCAAUAUACACUUGCCCAAGUAUUACCUGAUAGAGAAAUGGUAUUACCUAGUUCGGCAAAUGUUUACUACGCAGUUAAUACUCAGCAUAAUCUUAAUUUUAUACUUAGACCACGUAAAGAUUUAAAUGACAGUGCGCUCGACAGUCCAAAAAAUAAAUCUAAUAGUAAAAGAUGAUAAAAGAUAACAUAUUAUUUUAUUGUAUUGUAUUAUAUAAUAAUGCUCGUCUAGGGAUAACUUAAAUGAUCAUGGCAAAGUAUUUAUUUUUUAAAAUAACUAAUUAUGGGGACUUUAGCUUAUUAACUUGUGUGUUUAUUAUUUUAUCCAUUGAUAAAAUUUUUUGUUGUUAUUGUUAUUGUAUCAAUUAUCAAUUAUCAAUUGGGUGAGUCGGUGUGAGUGAUUAUUGUUAUUGAUAGAUGAAAUAACUUCGAGUUGUUUAAGUUUUUUUGUCUAUUUGCUGAUUAUACUAAAAGCAA